CCCACUGUGCUUCUCAUGAUCGAUAAAAUGCCAAUUUCUUUGAAAGUUAUUACGCUUUUCAAUUUUAAAUCAUUUAAAGGUAAAAUAGUAAUCGAUAAUAUUCAGCCUUUUACGGCUAUUAUUGGUUCAAUUGGAUCCGGAAAAUCAAAUAUUAUGGAUGCUAUAAGUUUUGUAUUAGGAGGGAAGUUAAGUGCUUUGCGUGUUAAACAUCUCAAUGAACUUGUACAUGGAGCUUUUAAUCAAAAGCCAACAGUAGAAGGUGCUUAUGUAACAAUAAUAAUUUUAACGGAAGAAAAUCAAGAAAAAAGUUAUACAAGAAUGAUACAAAAGAAAGGUAGUCAGUAUAAAAUAGAUAAUAAGAUUGUUACCAGAGACUUUUAUAUGAUUGAAUUGAAAGAAAUUGGUUUGGACAUAAAAGCAGGGAAUUUUUUGAUAUCUCAGGGCUGUAUACAAUAUUUUGCAACAAUAAAUAUGCCAAAAGAACUGACUGUAAUGUUUGAAGAAAUUAGUGGUUCUAUUGUAUAUAAAGCAGAAUAUGAAAGAUUACAACUAGAACUCUUGAAAAUAAAUCAGGAGAUACAUUUUGCAUAUCAAACAAAAAAAGGACAAUUGAGAAGAAAGAAAUCUGCUAUAAUAGAAAAGACAGAAGCAGAAAAAUAUUUACAAUUGCAAAAACAAUAUAUGGAAGAAAAAUUAAAAUUUCAAUUAACUCAGUUAAUUUUCAUGAAAAAGAAAAUUGAAUCUUUACAAAAUAAGCAAAAAAAUAUUAAACUAAGUAUAGAUGAGCAAUUGCAAUCUAAGGAAGCUGAAAUGACUUCAUUAAAACAUAUUAAAUUCAAAGUUAAAUCAUUAUCUGAUUUAUUGAAUGAAAUUGAAGAAAAUAUCAUAAAACUUGAAGAUUAUAUUCGGAAAAAGAAGCAAGAAUAUAUUAAUGUUGAGAAUCAAAUUGAAUAUUGGCAAAAAAAACGUAAUUACGCUUGCACAUCUUUGGAUGGUGCAAAUAAUGCAUGUAAAAUUCAUAAGAAAACUGUCAAAGAGUUAAAAGAUGAAUUAAAAAUAUUAGAAAAAUUAUUAGAAGAAACAUCAUCGGAGAAUGAUAUUGUAGAGUUCCACAAUUCUCAGGUUAAUCGUUAUAUGAUUUUAAAUACUGAAGUUGAAAAUCGGGCAAAAGAUUUUAUAAAUCAUAUAAAUGAUUUGAUGCAUGAUCGACAAAUGGAUCAAUGUAAACUUGAUAAUGAAAAUAGAGUUAAAGAGGAAUUAGUAAGCAAAGUAAAAUUUGAAACAAUAAGAAAAGAACAACUCAAAAAGAAAAUUGAUGAAUUACAAAAAAAUAAAUCAAAUUUAAUAAAAAAAGAUGAGGAAAGACAAAAAUUAGAAAAGGAAAUUAGGGAAACACAGGAGAAAUCUUUAAAAUUAAAAAACGAUAUUGCAAAGAUUUCAGAGAAACUUGCCGAAGCUGAUAUAAAUAAUGACAUUAUUUCACAACAGAACAAGAAAGCUGAAAUAAUCAAAAAUUUAAAAGAAUUUCUUCCUGGCGUGUAUGAUUGCUUAGCUAAUCUUUGCAAGCCUAUUCAUUCUCGUUAUAAUGUUGCGGUAACUAAAAUUUUUGGUCGGAAUAUGGAUGCCAUUGUUGUUGAUACUGAACGUACAGCAAAGCAAUGCAUUAAUUUUUUAAAACAACACAAAAUAGGCGUUGAAAAAUUUUUACCACUUGACUCAAUAAAAGUGAAACCUAUAAACGAAAGAUUACGCAAUAAACUACAACAGACAAAUAGUAAAUUAUUAUAUGAUAUAUUGAUGUUAUCAUUUAUAGAAAUAGAUAAGGCAGUUUUAUAUGUCACUAAAAACACUAUAGUUUGCGAAACUGCUGAAGAUGCAAGAAAAAUGGCAUUUGAAAGUGGUGGCAAUUAUGAUUGUGUUUCAUUAGAUGGAUGUUCUUUUCAUAGAAAUGGUAUUAUAUCUGGAGGAUUGACAGCUCUUACUGCAAGAGCAAAACAAUGGGAAAAUAUACAAUCUUUAUCUGUACUGAAAGAACAGAAGAUACAAUUAAAACAAGAAUUAAUAAGUCUGCCUAAUAUUUCUCAUAUGCAAUCUGAUUUUGACAUAAUUAAUAAAAAUAUAAAUCAAUUUACUAGUGAAAUGGAAGUUAUUGAGAAAGAUAUAAAAGACAUUACAGAAGAAAUUAAGAUAAAUGAAACAAAAUUAAACGAUCUCCAUAAGGAACUAAGUUUACAAGAUACGGCAAUAUCAAAAAUUCAACAGGAUAUGCAAAUAAAAGAUGAAAUGAUUAAAAACAUAGAGAAAAAUAUUGAUGAAAUUAAAAACCAUAUUUUUAUUGAUUUUUGUAAAGAAAUUAAUGUGCCGAAUAUUACUUAUUAUGAGCAGAAUUUAUGCACAUAUAAAGAGCGAUUAACUAAAAAAAUGGAAAAUAUAAACAGAAAAAAUUAUAUUAACAAUCAAUUGACUUUUGAAAAAGAUAGAAGUGCUGAAUUUGAAGAGAAAAUUUCGAGCUGGGAACACAAUUUAGAGAAAGCUAAUAAAGAAUAUGAAAAGGCAUGCAAGCAAGAACAAAAUAUAAGAACUGCUAUUGAACAGGAAGAAAAGAAAUUGUUAGAAUUAAAGAAUGAUUAUAAAAUUAAAGAAAAGUAUUUAGAGGAUUUAAACAAAGAAUUGAUUCAAUGCAGAUCACGAAUUGGCGCUAUCUCAGAAUUAUACUUAGAGACUCAAAAGGCAUAUAUGGCUACGCAAAGUACAAUAGAUCAGGAAAAAGCAAAAUGUGAAACUAUAGUUAAAGAAUGCAAGUUAGAAGGCAUUACUAUUCCAAUAUUAUCAGAGACAAUACAUGAGAGCAGUUCAAACUCAAAUUUAAGUACAGAAUCAUUAAUAACGAAUAUUGAUUUCUCACAAAUUUCCGAACAUGUCCGUGAUAGUACAGAUUUACAAAAUAUUAUUGAACAAUCUAAAAUAAAACUUACGGAGAUUCAAAAUGAAUUUAAAACUUUACAAAAACCUAAUCUUAAGGCUCAUAAAAAGAUCGAUUUGAUAAUACAGCAAAUAAAAGAUAUAAAUAGGAAACAUGAAGAGUUACGCAUAAAAUCUAAUAAUAUAGGCAAACAAUUUGAGAAGAUUAAAGCAAAAAGACACAAACUGUUUUCAGAUUGUUUAGAAUGCAUUACUGCAGAAAUAGAUUCUAUAUACAAAAAUUUGACUAAUGACAUGUCAGCUCAAGCAUUUAUUAUAUCAGAAAAUCCCGAGGAACCGUACACAAGCGGUAUAAAUUACAGCUGCAUACCGUCGUCUAAACGCAUUCAACCACUACAAAAUCUAUCUGAUGGGGAAAAAUCAAUUGCUAACUUAGCGCUUUUAUUUGCAAUUCUGCGUUAUAAACCAGUACCAUUUUUUAUUAUGGAUGAAGGUGAUGCGGCAUUAGAUAAUGUAAAUAUUAACAAGCUUAUUCGCUUCAUUCGAUCCAAAAUAAAUAAUAUGCAAAUUAUUGUGAUAACUUUAAACAAACGUCUGGCUUCUCGUGCCGACAUACUUAUAGGAGUUACCACUCAACCUGGGCCGAAAUGCACUGAGAGCAUGAUAUUUGCCAUGCCAUUGAAAAACGUUAAAAAUACAAGAAAUUAGAUAAUUUUACUAUCUGUAACAAAAUAAUUUAAAGAGUAUCUUAUUGGUACAUAUAAUUAUUGCAGAUUACAUUUUCUUUUAAAUUAUUAUAUAUGUCUCUGUAAACAUGUGUGUACACAUGUGUGUACACACACAAUUAUUUUACUUAUUAUUUUUUGCUUUUCUUUGAAAUGCUAAUGCACAUAUCUGGUGUCACAAAUCAAUGUAAUACUUUUAUUUUAAUUUAUAUAUUAUUUAUUUUAUAAUUAUUUUAAUCUGGUUUUAAUAAUUAUUAAUUAGAUAUUAAAAAAAGAGAGAGGAAUUUUAGUAAUUAAUAAAAAUCUUAAUUUCUCUCAACAAUUUUAUUUUUUAAAUAUAGAGAUUUUAUGAAUAAAACAACGUCAUCCAGUUUUAAAUAAAUCUCUGUAUUUAAAAGGUGCAAUAUAAUGUAAAUAUACAAGAUCGUGAAUCAUUUAAAGUUAGGUUUAAUUUAUGUGUUAUCUAUCUUUGAUCUGUGGAAUCCAUGUGCAAUGUUAAUUCGUUAAGUGCAGUUUUUUAAAAUAAUUUUAAUAUUAAUUUGUAUUUAAUGAAAAUUAAAUAAUACAUAUAAUAAGCAUAACACAUUUGUGAUAUUGUAAUAAGAAAUAAAAUAUCGUUUAAAGUGUUAUAUGAAAGAUACUUUUUGUUUAUUCUAUACUGUAAAUAAAUAUAAUAUACUUUUGCAUAAAAAUAUUUUUUAUGACAACUUCGCACGCUCAUAUGAAGGAUUAUAAGGAAUAUUUAGAGUAAUUACUGUUAUGAUGCUAUGCUUGCAUUAAUACAUACGUACUUGGAUCUAUAAUACUCAUCAUUGCGCAUAUGACGCAUUCAUUUUAAUUAUAAUGA